UUAAAGAUGUCAGCGCGCAUGAAAAUCUAAAAAAUGUAAAUUUGAAAAAAAAUAGGAAAAUAAAGAUGUACAGUCGAAAUAACAGCAAAAAUAACUUUCGACCUGCAAAUCCUCGAUUUGUCUCUCGGGGUCAAAAUCAGAGACAUCAUUUUCGUCCGCGAACACCGGGACAGUAUACGUACAACCCAAGAAAUAACCAACCAAGAAGGUUCCAAAACACAAUCAGGUCAAAUUUUCAAGAUAGUGAACACGGUCAAAAACAGAACUCAUUUGAGAAAAGAGUUGAGAAUCGCAAUGUUCAAAGUAGUAGACCUCAAGUGCCGUCUUCAUUUCCAAUAUACACCCAAGAGCAAACACAUGGUAGUCAACAAUGUCAAUCUCAAUCUUCAAACUGGGAGCAAAACACUACUAUGAGAGAUCCAAAUCUCAAUAGGACUUGCAUGGCCACAUACAGUUCUGAUUUGAGAAUAAUGCCUCAAACAUCAAUGGAUGGCUAUCACCAGGCUCCACCUUUCAACAUGUCAAUGAAUGAUCAAAAACCAUUCAACAUGUCAAUGAAUGAUCAGAAGUAUGAAAUUCUUGACAGUAAAGGUAGUGGUAGCUUUUUUGCAAAAGUUGCACAAGAAGGAAUACUGUCAAAAUCAACUUUCAAUUCACAGAAUAUGCAAAUUCCAGGUCUUGAUGUUAUUCCAGAUCAGGAGGAAAGCAGCACGCUCGUGCACAGGUCAAGUAUAAUAUCAACCCAACAAAGUUCUGAACUGCUGGGUUCUAUGAGUUUCACACAAACUGAAAAACCAUUUGACAAUAGACAACAAGAUCAUACAAAUCCUCAAAUUCACCAAUUUUCAAAACCGUUGGAGCAUCAUGGAAUAAGUGUUCCUGAAUCAGUUCAGCCUGUACAUAUGCUGAUCCCAAAUUGUCCACCUCCUCCCAAUUCAUUUUUGCAAAAUGAUAUGCAAUUCAGAAAUAAUCAGCAGCUUGGAAUGCCAUCACCAAUGAACAGAUUUCCUAAUCCAUUUCCACCACCUAAUUUUCAACCAGAACGCUACUCAGGUUCGAAUCAGUUUCCUUCAAAUUCUAAUCUUCCUCCAGUCAUGCCAGUUAUGAAUCAUCAAAUGCAGCAGAACCAUCGGCAGCCAUUCCAAGUUAAAAAAGAAUUAAUUCAGGCAGAACAUGCAACUGUAUUGCCAGGGAAAGAAAAGGAUACAGAGUGGAUAAAAUCAUGGCUGGAUGGAAAAGGAAUAAAAUCUUAUCUUAAUGAUUGGAAGGUGGAGAAAAAAGAAAGUGUCAAAGCACCAGUUAAUGUUUAUGAUGUCCAAGAAAAAACAAAAAGAAUGAUGUUUCUGAUGGCAUCCCUUCAAAAACAGAUCAAUAUUUUAAAAUCAUGUGAUGAACACCAGAUUGAGGAAGAAAUGAGAACAACUAAUAAAUUGAAGGAUGAAAUGGAUGCCAUAAGGAAAUAUUUGUCCACAGUAGAUGUUCUGGAUUUACGAAUGAAAGUUAAGAAGAGGAUACAAAAAAGGGAAAGGAUAAAGAAACAAAGAGAAGAGAAAUAUUUAUCUAGACAGAGAGAAUUAGAACAGAGAGAACAAUUACACAAAGAAAUAGAUGGGAGAUUGAAGAAAGUCCAUGAUAAAUAUGGUAACAAAAGACAGCAAAAAGAGUUGAAGAAGAUUGCAGACAAAGUUCUGGGUGAAAUCAGAAAGAAAACACAAGAUAUUACAAGAGCCACAGAUUUACUGAAAAAUCUGACUAAACUCAGAAAAUUGAGGAAAGAUAGAUUAUUACAGCAAGGAGUAAACACAAAACCUGAGAGUGAUGCAGAUUUUGAGGAUAAAAUUCAAGAUUGCCUGGCUGUUGCGAAAACACAAAAGAAAGUUUAUACUGCUGAAAAUAAAGCACUACAGGUCAUGUUGGAUACGGAACAGGAAGAGAACAAAGAGAAAGAAAGAGAGAAAUUACAACAGAUUUUACGCAGUCAGGAAAUAAAAAGACAGAAAAAAGUGGAUCAUUUAUUAUUUGGUGAAUCAGAGCCAGUAGAUAUGAAUGAUCCAAUGUUUAUGUUUAGUCAGUAUUAUGACCAAGCUCAUGUAUCUGUUGAUUCCCUACUCCAAAUCAGAUGUGAUUGGGACAGAUUCAGUGUACUUGAAGGAACACCAGGGGGCAGUAGAAUUCCUGAUGGAUUUGUUCUUCCUGAGAAACCUUCCAGUGAUGUAUGGACAUCAGCAUUAAAGGAAGAAACAUAAAACAGAGCUUUAUCAAUUAAAAUCAUUAUUAUAUUCUUA